ACACAAAAACUAACUACUAGGAUAAGCAAGUGUACGGCCAAGCUCGGCCUCUGAGAUCCCUCUUCAGGCAGUCUCUCACUCUCCAACGUUAACCCACAUAGAGUCGAGCAUGAUAGGCGAGACAGAGAAGACAAACCUCCAGUCCUGCGUUGCAAAUAUUAACUAAUUGGAACCAUUUAAACUCCUUGACUUUCCACCAUGGUCUCUUCGGUAUCUCUCACUUCCUUAUCUCCUUGUACAAAUCCUAUCCAACAACACCUUCACAAACCCAUAUUCCUCUGUUCAAGAAACCCACCUCAUCUUCUCUCCAUUAAAUCCUCUGCAGAGCGAGACUCCACUUCUUCUUCUAAUUCAAACCAGAAAUUGAGUAGCAAUGGGUCAUGGGUCAGCCCAGACUGGCUGACUUCCCUAACCAGGCCCCUUAGCAUUGGCCGUGACGAUUCGGGCAUACCCAUUGCCAAUGCCAAGCUCGAAGAUGUGUCUGAUCUUUUGGGCGGUGCUCUUUUCCUCCCUUUGUUCAAAUGGAUGAACGAGUAUGGACCCAUUUAUCGGCUCGCAGCGGGGCCUCGUAAUUUUGUGAUUGUCAGUGACCCAGCUAUUGCGAAGCAUGUCUUGAGGAACUAUGGGAAGUAUGCCAAGGGUCUUGUCUCUGAGGUCUCUGAGUUUUUGUUUGGGUCCGGCUUCGCCAUUGCUGAAGGCCCGCUUUGGACGGUAAGACGCAGAGCAGUGGUUCCGUCUCUUCACAAGAAGUACUUAUCCAUAAUAGUUGAUAGGGUCUUCUGUAAAUGUGCUGAGAGGUUGGUGGAGAAGCUCAAACCAGAUGCACUCAGUGGUGCUGCAGUGAACAUGGAGGCAAAAUUUUCUCAAUUAACAUUGGAUGUUAUAGGUUUGGCAGUGUUCAACCACAAUUUUGAUUCGCUUACUGCUGAUAGUCCUGUUAUUGAUGCAGUUUACACUGCAUUGAAAGAGGCAGAGGCUCGUUCUACUGAUCUUUUACCAUAUUGGAAGAUUAGAGCUUUGUGCAAAAUCAUUCCAAGACAAAUAAAAGCAGAAAAAGCUGUUACAGUUAUCAGGAGAACUGUUGAAGAACUUAUUGUGAAGUGCAAGGAAAUUGUGGAAGCUGAAGGUGAAUUGAUUGAUGGGGAGGAGUAUGUAAACGACACAGAUCCAAGUAUCCUUCGUUUCUUGCUUGCAAGCAGGGAAGAGGUUUCAAGUCAACAAUUACGAGAUGAUCUUUUGUCAAUGCUGGUUGCUGGCCAUGAGACAACUGGAUCAGUCCUGACAUGGACACUAUAUCUUCUAAGUAAGGAUAAAUCCUCUCUGACUAAAGCACAAGAUGAAGUUGAUAAAGUCCUUCAGGGAAGGCCUCCUACCUAUGAAGAUAUAAAAGAGCUGAAGUACUUAACACGUUGCAUAAAUGAGUCAUUACGUCUAUACCCACAUCCCCCUGUGCUGAUAAGGCGGGCUCAAGUAGCUGAUGUCCUUCCAGGAAAUUAUAAGGUUAAUGCCGGUCAAGAUAUAAUGAUAUCUGUGUAUAAUAUACACCAUUCCUCACAGGUUUGGGAGAGAGCAGAAGAAUUUGUUCCAGAAAGAUUUGACUUGGAAGGGCCGGUGCCUAAUGAGACUAACACUGAUUUCAGAUUCAUUCCAUUCAGUGGAGGUCCUCGAAAGUGUGUUGGCGAUCAGUUUGCUUUGCUUGAAGCAAUUGUUGCACUUGCAAUUUUUCUGCAACACUUUGACUUCGAUUUGGUUCCUGACCAGAAAAUUAGCAUGACCACAGGAGCUACAAUUCAUACAACCAAUGGUUUGUAUAUGAAAUUGAGUCAACGGAAAACCCAGCCUGCAUUGGUUUCAUCCUCUAGAUAGGAAGAAGGGCAUGGAUUCCAGGAUUUGGUGGAUAAUGGAAUUGCUAGCCUUCCUAAUUAUUUAUUUUCUAUUCCAUUGAUGAAACACACAUUGAGUACAGUAGUUUUUAUUCUCUGCACAACUCAUUUUACAGAAUGAGAAGAAAACACAGAAAAGUGGUGGAUUUUGGAAAAUUUUCUGUUCCAUUUUCAAAUUUUCCCCAUAAUCCAUAUACAGGCUUACUGAAAAUUUGCUAGAGAAAAGAUGUAACCAUCCAACUGAUUUGAAGUAUGGAUUAAUAUAGGAGGUUUAAUAUUUCAUACCUCAUGGAGCUCUUACAUGUAAUGAUUUGCUAUCAAUUAUCAUAUGAAAUUAUGAAUGAAUUACCAAAUAGAUUGUGGACAA